AUGGCAGCUGCUCAAAUAACUGCAUUUCCUCGUCGAAAAUUAGCACUUAUUAUUGGCAAUGAUAACUACAGCAAAACAUACAACAAACUGAAUGGUUCUGUCAAAAAUGCAAAAAAGAUUCGUAAUUUACUCAAGCAAAUUGCUUUUGAUGUCACGAUACAUACCAAUAUUGAUGCAAACAUGAUGGAAUUGAUACAAAAUUUUUGUGAACAGAUUGAUAAUGGAGACUUAGUUUUAUUCUAUUAUUCUGGCCAUGGUUGCCAAGUCAAUGGAGAAAACUAUCUGAUACCUAUUGACGAUUCUAAUAUAGAAGCUGAGACAGAUGUAGAAGAUAUUGGUAUUCUUGUGAAAAAUAUACUAAAGAGGCUAAUCGAAAAAAAUCCUUCGUACGCCACUAUAGCUAUCUUUGAUUGUUGUGUACCAUACAACUUACAAAAUCCAACGUCAUCAACUCCCAUGGUGGAAGACCAAACCCUAGGUGAAAUCGUGCCAAUUAGUGGAGCAUUUGUCCAGCUUAUAUGCACUGCUAAACAAACAGAUAGAACUGAUCAGGCAACAAAUACAGAUAAUGUGUUCAAUAAACACUUAAUCAAGACCCUCACUAGAAAAGAUGUUGAUAUCACCAAUAUUUUUCAAGACAUAGCCAUGGAUGUUCAGCAAGAAAGCAAUCAAACUCGGCAAAUAUUAUUUAUGCACGGAUUACUCAGUGGUGGAAAAAUAUUCCUCAAUAAAGUUUCGAAGAUUAUACCAAAUGUUCCAAAAGAUGCUAAAUGGAAAUUUUAUGCUAAGACAGUUGCUGGUGAUGGUCGUUGCAGUUCUACAUCCCGACGACUGUAUUGUCCUAAAGGCAUUCACGUGAAUAAAUAUCAAUAUGUUUACAUUGCUGAUAGUUUGAAUCAUCGUGUUAUGAAAUUUACUAGAGGUACAAACACUCCUCGAAGGAUAAUUAGUCGAAAUAUAUCUGGAUAUGGUCCUGAACGUCUAUGUGGACCAUCCAAUAUAAUUUAUGACUAUCAGUCAAAGAGUUUUAUUAUUUCUGAUUAUUACAAUCAACGAGUGUUACGAUGGUGUCAAAACAAUAGUACAUGUACAGAAACCAUAAUUGAAGGCAGUGACUAUUUUGGAUUAGCUAUGGACGAUGAAGGUUUUCUCUAUGUUUCUGAUACAGGAAGGCACGAAGUUAAACGAUAUCGACCAGGUGAUCACGAUGGGAUAGUUGUAGCAGGUGGCAAUGGACAGGGUGCCCAUCUUAAUCAACUAGAUCAUCCCACAUACAUUUUUAUCGGGCCAGAUAAAUCUGUGUAUGUAUCGGAUACUUGGAAUGAUCGUGUAGUUAGAUGGGAUAAAGGAGCAGCUGAUGGCGUUACUGUGGCUGGUGGUCAAGGCAAAGGAAGAGAUCGAUCACAGUUGAAUCAUCCUACUGGAUUGAUCGUCGAUCAGUUUGGUACAAUAUAUGUAGCUGAUUAUUGGAAUCAUCGAGUGAUGCGAUGGUACAGAGGUGCCGCUCAUGGAGAAAGAAUUGUGGGUCAUAAACUGUUGUCAGGCUACAAGGCAGAUCAGUUGAAUGGUCCCGAAGGUUUAGCAUUCGAUCGAUAUGGCAACCUCUACGUAGCUGAUUCGAAUAAUCAUCGAAUACAAAGAUUUCGUAUUGAAGCUGAUUGA